CACUUUCCACAUCCUUCCACGAACAGAGGAACCAAAAAAAUGAGAUCCCUUCUCUUCACACUAUCACUCCUCUGCUUCGCCUCGCAAACAUCACUCUCAUGGAAGAAGGAGGAGUUCCGCAGCUGCGACCAAACUCCCUUCUGCAAACGCGCUCGAUCCCGCUCCCCCGGCGCGUGCUCCCUAAUCGCAACCGACGUCACCAUCGCCGACGGAGAUCUCGUCGCGAAGCUAACACCCAAAGAUAACGACGAUCAGAUCAAUCCGCUGGUCCUCUCUCUAUCGGUUUACAGAGACGGGAUCUUGCGGCUGAGAAUCGACGAGGAUCACUCGUUAAACCCGCCGAAGAAGAGAUUCAGAGUUCCCGACGUUGUGGUCUCCGAGCUCGAGGAGAAGAAGAUCCGCCUCGAGAAAUUCGCCACGGAGAACGAUCCUCCGUCUUCGGUGGUGUACGUCUCCGACGGCUACGAGGCGGUGGUGCGGCACGAGCCGUUCGAGGUGUACGUGCGCGAGAGAUCAGGCGAUCGCCGUCGCGUAGUGUCUUUAAACUCUCACGGAUUGUUUGAUUUCGAGCAGUUGGGGAAGAAAGGGGAAGGAGAUGACUGGGAAGAGAAGUUUAGAACUCACACAGACUCGAGACCGUUCGGUUCUCAAUCGAUUAGCUUCGAUGUAUCGUUUUACGAAUCUAGUUUCGUCUACGGGAUCCCCGAGCACGCCACUAGCUUCGCGUUAAAGCCCACUAAGGGCCCAGGAGUUGAGGAGUCUGCUGAACCGUAUAGGUUGUUUAAUCUUGACGUGUUUGAGUAUGAGCAUGAGUCUCCCUUCGGGCUCUACGGAUCGAUCCCAUUCAUGGUUUCACAUGGGGGAACUGGUAAAAGUUCGGGUUUUUUCUGGUUGAAUGCUGCUGAAAUGCAGAUUGAUGUUUUAGCUGAGGGAUGGGAUGCAGAUAGUGGUGGUGGAGAGAGUAGGAUUGAUACAUUGUGGAUGAGCGAGGCGGGGAUUGUUGACGCCUUCUUUUUCGCCGGCCCUGAGCCUAAGGAUGUUGUGAGGCAGUACGCUAGUGUGACUGGUACUUCAGCUAUGCCUCAGUUGUUUGCUACUGGCUAUCACCAGUGUAGGUGGAACUAUAAAGAUGAGGAGGAUGUGGCGCAGGUGGACUCGAAGUUCGACGAGCAUGAUAUUCCUUAUGAUGUUCUGUGGCUUGACAUUGAGCAUACGGAUGGGAAGAGGUACUUUACGUGGGACAGUGCGUUGUUUCCGAGCCCUGAGGAGAUGCAGAAGAAGUUGGAUGCGAAGGGGAGGCGGAUGGUGACGAUUGUCGAUCCUCAUAUCAAGAGGGACGACUCUUACUUCUUGCAUAAGGAGGCUACGGAGAUGGGGUACUAUGUUAAGGACUCGUCUGGGAAGGACUUUGAUGGUUGGUGCUGGCCUGGUUCAUCGUCUUAUAUUGAUAUGUUGAGUCCGGAGAUUAGGGAGUGGUGGGGUGGGAGAUUCUCGUAUAAGAACUAUGUUGGUUCAACUCCUUCGUUGUAUAUUUGGAAUGACAUGAAUGAGCCUUCCGUGUUUAAUGGUCCGGAGGUUACUAUGCCGAGGGAUGCGUUACAUGUGGGUGGUGUUGAACACAGGGAAGUUCAUAACGCUUAUGGGUAUUACUUUCACAUGGCGACUUCCGAUGGACUUGUGAUGCGUGGAGAAGGAAAGGAUAGGCCUUUUGUGUUGUCAAGAGCAAUCUUUCCUGGUACUCAAAGGUACGGAGCGAUUUGGACUGGAGAUAACACAGCGGAAUGGGAACACCUUAGAGUUUCUAUUCCAAUGUUAUUGACACUUGGUCUUACUGGAAUCACCUUCUCAGGAGCUGAUAUUGGUGGGUUCUUUGGGAAUCCCGAACCAGAACUACUAGUUAGAUGGUACCAAGUCGGUGCUUACUAUCCAUUUUUCAGGGGUCAUGCUCAUCACGACACCAAAAGACGAGAGCCUUGGUUGUUUGGUGAACGGAACACAGAGCUCAUGAGAGAUGCUAUACACACACGUUACACGCUGCUUCCAUACUUCUACACGUUAUUUAGAGAAGCAAACGUUACGGGUGUGCCUGUUCUACGUCCCUUAUGGAUGGAGUUCCCACAAGAUGAAGCUACUUUUAGCAACGAUGAAGCUUUCAUGGUUGGUAAUGGUCUGUUGGUGCAAGGAGUUUACACUAAGGGAACAACGCAUGCUUCUGUUUAUUUGCCUGGAAAAGAAUCAUGGUAUGACCUGAGAAACGGAAAGACAUACGUUGGAGGCAAUACUCACAAGAUGGAUGCUCCUGAAGAAAGCAUUCCUGCGUUUCAGAGGGCGGGUACUAUUAUCCCGAGGAAAGACCGGUUCCGGCGAAGUUCAUUUCAAAUGGACAACGAUCCUUAUACUUUGGUGAUAGCUUUGAACAGUUCUCAAGAAGCAGAUGGUGAACUCUACAUAGACGAUGGCAAAAGUUUUGAAUUUAAACGAGGCGCGUACAUACACCGCCGUUUCUUCUUCUCCAAUGGUGUUCUCACAUCAAAGAACAUUGUUCCGCCAGAAGCUAGUCUCUCUUCCCAAUGCUUGAUCGACAGAAUCAUCCUCUUGGGACACACCUUGGGUCCAAAAUCUGCACUGGUUGAACCGUUAAAUCAAAAGGCAGAGAUUGAGAUGGGACCACUGAGAAUGGGUGGGCUUGUAGCUUCCUCAGGCACAAAUGUCUUGACUAUCCGCAAACCAGGUGUUCGAGUGGACCAAGACUGGACCAUAAAGAUUCUCUGAUUGUACCAUUCUCUCUCGUGGCCGAUAUCUUCUCUCACCUUUAAAAAAAAUAUUUUUGGAGUUUUAGACUUGAGUAGUUGUAAGAGCAAACAGGUUUUUGGAGUUUUAGACUUGAGUAGUUGUGAGAGCAAACA